AUGGCAUUGACUAUACCCAAACCACCCGCUACAUUGGGCACUGCAGACUUUCAACCCUCAUCCGCCAACCUCAGCAACCUCCACCAUCAUAGCAGCGUAACGAAAGAAUUUGACCCUCUCCGCUUCGAGGCCGCAGCCUCUCUGCAAUUGCAAUCGCAGCUUCUACACCAAUCCAACCAAGUAGAAGAAAAGUCCACCCAUCUAAUUGCAUCUCCAUACAACGACCCGUCACAUCUCCUCGACAUAUCAGCCUUGGACCACCAAGAUCGUAUCUUCGCAUUGGCACUCUCUUACCUGAAGCCAAUUCGCGACGACUAUGCAACAGCCGCAUACACUGAGUCUUUUAACUGGGACGAAGUCUUCUCUUUGGUGAAAUCAUUUUCAGAGGCCGAGAAUCGGCCCUGGACAACGCGGUCGUACUACGUCGUGAUCUUUCGUUCGAUUCUACUACCAGAUGCUGAUGGCGAUCGUCUAUAUGCGCUGGAUGCGCAUUCACAUCGCGAAGCCAUUGCUUCUGGGGGCUUGCUGAAGUAUUGGUUUGGAUCCAAGAAUGAAGACAGAAGGAAUCUGGCAACUUGCAUCUGGCGCACAAGGAAUGAUGCCAGACUUGGUGGCCGGGGACCUUGGCAUGCGCAGGCAAGAGCUGCAGCGACUGUGAUGUAUGAAGAGAUUCUCUUCACGACGCUGAAAUUGGAUAUCUUUGAUGGGGCUGAAGGGUGGGAGUUGACUGAUUGGAAAGAUAAUUGA